CGCGGUGUACGAGUGUGUAAAAUCAAAAGAGUGCCAAAUUCAGCAAUGAAUCACAAGUUACAGUGGCCUUCACGCCCGGGAACACCGGCACUUCCUGCAGUUCUUCUUGCGCUAUUUGCGGUGAUGAUGAUAUUGCUGGCGCCAUCUACGGACGCGCAGGAGGACUAUAAUAUUCAACACAACGACGGAUCGUAUGAAUUCGGCUACGAGAAUGAAAACAAUUUCCACCACAGCAAAGCCAACUCUAGAAAUGUUGUACGUGGUGAAUUUGGAGGUCGCAACCCUAAAACAGGAGGGGUGGAUGUAACGUCAUACACAGCAGGGCCUCGAGGGUAUAGGCCACGUGGUAGUAAUAUCGCUAGAAAGUUUGAUCAAAGCCAAGUACGGCGGGGACCAAUUGGAUCCAGGGAUGAUCCUUAUUAUGACCCAAAUGAAGAUCCAAGCUAUGACUUUGGGUUCAAGACCAGGACUUAUCAAAGAAAAGAAAGUGCCAAUAGAUUGGGCGAUGUAAAAGGGCAAUAUAGCUACACAGACGAUGUGGGUGAACGUCACAAUGUGGAAUACAUCGCAGGAAAGAAUACUGGCUUCCAUGUGAAAACACCCUUCCCAGAUUCCAACCCAAAGGCUUAUGGCCCGCUGUUCUUUAAUGGCAGAGGUCGUCCCAUCCCACGUGGGAGAACUUCCAUACAACGUGGUACCGAUGGCAGUUACAGAUUUGUCGCUGCUGGUCCUGACCAACGCCGCACAGAGGUCAGUGAUUCCGAAGGCAACGUACGCGGGUCUUACACCUAUCUCGACGACAAAGGUGUUCAACAUUCGGUUCAUUACAUAGCAGGACCUGGUAUUGGUUAUCGGGUACUAAAGAACGUCAAUGGACCACAUCUACCAUCAGUGUAUCCAUUCACAGGCCCCAAUAUUAUUCCACCAGAUUUUUAUAAUUAUAUAGAUAAACAUUCACAAGGGGAUGUUUUUAACGCGCCUGAAGAAGGUCCAACUGGACCUGGGAGUGAUUACGGUACAGAUUACGAAGCUGAUGGUGGUUAUGGAUCAGGCAGACCAAGCAGACCUAAUAGACCAAAUAGGCCUGGUGGUAGUAGACCCAGUAGACCUAGACCCAAACCGUCUGGAGCGGUACCAAGACCCAGACCUACCGAAAGACCUGCAAAUACUCGUCCAUCAUAUGACUACGAUGAUGGUGGAGAUUUGGGAGGUGAUGACCUCUUUGGUGGUGGUACAGGAAGUGGCAGUACCACUGCAAGACCACCUGGUAGUACUGGAAGACCAUCAACUGCUGGAACAACAAAUUGGAAUGACGGGGAUAUCAACAACUUAGAUGACGGACUUUUCGGAGGUGCAGGUGGUAAGAAAACCAUCGUCACGAACCUCGGCGAUCGGGUCUUUAGCGUACCGCCUGGAGUAUCAGUACACGCACACGUGCAAUCCAUCGAUUUGUAUCCCUACGAGAGCAAAGUACCCACACCAGCAGAUCAGGUAUCGAGCAGAGACCACUCGUUUUCAGAGAUUAACAACACGACAAGUAAGUAAA